AGCCUGCCCAUUCAUGCCUUUUGGGAGGCAUACGAGCUUGUUGACUAGAUUAUAUUUGGUUGCAAAGCCUACGCCAGCUCCACAGUGCUCCUCAUCCCAGCGGUCACUCUAGAAGAACAUGUAUCCAGCUCCAGCUUUGGUAAGCUGGCCUUCAUUUGCCAGCCUUGUUUCACUCAGGGCUGCUAUUUGGAUCAGCUGAGUUCUCUCACAAGAAGAGCUUUCAGGUCUCCUGGAUUUUCUGUUGUCUGGUAGUGUGUACAUGUUCCAAUGGUCAGCCUUCUCUACUUCUGACAGGAGGAAAAAGAAAGACUGUGGUGAUGGUGAGCCUGCCUCAGAUGUGCAGAAAAAGCUCCCUUCCAGUGCAGGAGAAGACCGAGCUAUUCUCCUGGGGUUUACGAUGAUGGGUUUCUCCAUCCUUAUGUUUUUUUUGCUGGGAGUCACCAUUCUCAAACCUUUCAUGCUCAGCACACAGCGAGAAGAAGCAAACUGUACCAUUAUGGACACGCAUGUGAAGGAUGACUGGCUGGAUUGUUCAUUCACCUGCGGGGUCGACUGCUGGGGCCAGGGGAAGUACCCUUGCCUUCAGGUGUCUGUAAACCUCUCCCAUUCUGGCCUGAAAGCUUUCCUGCACUAUAAUGAAGAAGCUGUUCAGAUAAACCCAGAGUGCUUUUACACACCAAAAUGCCAUCGAGAUAAGAAUGAUCUACUCAACAGAGCUCUGGACAUUAAGGAAUUCUUUGACCACAAAAAUGGAACUCCUUUCUCUUGCUUCUACAGCCCAGACAGCAAACCGGAGGAUGUUGUCCUGAUUAAAAAGUACGACCAAAUGGUUAUCUUCCACUGCUUGUUCUGGCCGUCGUUGACUCUGUUGGGUGGUGCAUUGAUUGUGGGCAUGGUGAAAUUAACCCAACACUUGUCAGUGCUGUGUGAGGAGUACACCAAUAUGAUGAGAGAAGAAGCUGGCAACAAUACAACACAGAAAGAACUGCAACACUACAGACUGGGGAGAAAGGGGAGAAAGAAAGAAAUCAAGGGUUUAAGAUGGUGGCCCAGUCAAAAAAAACAACAAACUAUUCCCUUUACAUGAUGUAGUCACUGCUUAAGUCUGCUUGCAAAUUAACUCUGUAGAAGACAACUCUGAAAUUGUUACAUGGUAUUUUUCAUGUGAAAAAAAAAUUCUUUUAGCAAUUAAAAAUGCACCAGUUCUUUUUCCCCA